AUGUCUUCGGCCAAACAAAGGAGCAAUAAAGGCGGCGGCGGCUCCUCUCCGUCCGAGAAGGGAGCCCAUUGCAGCCUCCCCGACGACGUGGCCAAGAGGCCCCCGCAGCAGAGCCCGGCUCCGUCCAAAGGCGCCAAGGUGAGCGCCUCUGGCGCGGGGAAGCCCUCCUCCUCCUCCGCCCUGAGCCUCGGCAGGCUCUUCAGCGGCCUCUUUUACCUGGCCCUCCUGGCCGUGGCCGGCCUUUCCGGCUGGGGGGCCCACCGCCUGUGGGAAGAAGUGAGCCACAUCGGCCUGCGGCAAGAAGGCUUCGCGAGGCAGCGGGAGGAGCUGGCCCGCGCCUUGCAGGGCGUGGAGCUACAGAUACAAUCUCUUCACUCUGCAUUUGGAGGUUUUGAACUGACGCUGAAGAAUUCUCAACAAAAACAAGAUAUCACCGAGAAGGCUGUUAGACAGGGGGAGAGCGAGAUCAAUCGCAUCAGCGAGGUUCUUCAGAAACUACAAAAUGAAAUCCUAAAAGAUCUGUCUGACGGCAUCCAUGUUGUGAAAGAUGCCAGAGAACGAGAUUUCACAUCACUCGAAAACACCGUGGAAGAAAGGCUGACAGAGCUCACGAGGUCCAUAAACGACAACAUAGCAGAAUUCACCAGUGCCCAGAAACGGAGCCAAGAGGAAAUAAAUGAAGUAAAAGCAAACGUAGCUUUGCUUGGUGAAUCGGGGGCAUACAAACAUGAACUACAGGCAUUGAGAAGUGUUGUUGAUGAGAUGCAGGCAUCCAUGAGAGCUAAAGAGAAGGUCAUAGAGUCUUUGCAAAGCACUAUUGAUUUAAUGGAGUCGGAUGUGUUGUCCGAAGUCAAGGAACUAGUCAACCUCAAACGGGAGCAUGACAGGUUCAAGGAGGCUGCUGACACGGAGCACCUUUCCUUACAAGCUUUGGAAGAAAAGGUCCUUAAAGCAGAAGAGGCCAUUGCACAUCUUCCUGAUGAGCUUCAGAGACUCAGCGAAGACUUGCUGCAAUUUAAAACCUCUGCUAAUGUACAAGAACGCAUUACAGUCCCUGAAGACAUCCUACAAACUCUGCAAAAGGACAGUGAACGAUACGACUCCAAGUUCAGGACCAUAGAAGAGAACCUCCAGGCUUUGAGUUCACCAACUGCCCAGCAUGUAGAAAUGAUAGCAUCUCUUGACUCCAAGUAUGAUACUAAGUUGGCAGCUUUAGAAGAAGGCAUCAGCUCUCUCCGUGGUGCUUUAGAGAGUGAUGUGCGUUCACUGACGGAUACUGUAAGGAGUCUGAGAGAAUCUCAGCUCUCAGUGUUCAAUGAUGUCGAUGAACUACGGAGAAGUGUGAGCGACUUGUCAAACAAUGCUGAUGCACUCGAUAAAAUCCAGAAUGAAGUUCGCGCUCUGCUGGACCAAGAGAAGCCUCCGAUGGAUGUGGGGCAAUCUAAAGAUCGCCUAGAAGAACUCUCCUCUUUAAAAGGUUUUGUUGGUGAUCUACGGUCUUCUGUUGACCAGGCUGAAUCUGAUUUAAAAAUGCUCAGGACUGCAGUGGAUAGUUUAGUUGCUUACUCUGUGAAAAUAGAAACCAACGAGAACGAUGUGCAGUCAGUGAAGACCACAUUGGAUGACUUAAGGAGCGACCUGGACAGGUUGUUUGUGAAAGUAGAAAAAAUACAUGAGAAGAUCUAAGUAUCCAGAGUCAAACAUGCCUAACAAU